AUGAUUUUGGGAUACGUUAAUUAUUUGUUCGUUACUCGUUUAGAAAAAGAAGAGAAAGAAAAGCUAAAGUUGGAUACAAAAGAAGCAGCAGCACAGUUUUGGCAAAAGUUUCAAGUGGAACGGGGAGCAAUAACCAAUGACAUUGCAUUACUCUCCAACACUACCUCCACAUCCGUGAUUACCAAAGAAUGCGACAAGAUUCUUGAACGGAUUAAUAAUCUCGAGAAAAAAUUGACAGAAGCUACAAUUUACCUGCCGUCGUAUGAUCAACGACAACUGAGUCUGCAAAUAAAAUCAAUGAUCGAUGAAUUAAAUAUAAGACGUACAUUAUUAGCUCCAAAGCAAAAAUUUUCUUUUAAAUCACGAAAAGUAGCGACCUCCAAUGACGAAUCAAAAAAGCUAACCACAAAAUCUGAAUCAAAAAGCACCACUACAACUACAACUAGCACGACAAUAUCAUCAUCAUCAUUAGACAGUCACAACGAUCCAAAUCUACGAGUAAUCACAUUACAUAAUCGACAAAAGGCAUUUUUAACUGUGAAUUCAUAUUUGUCGUCCUCAUCAUCAAUUUCCGCGAAGAUGAUUGACGUUCAACUUUCCGAUCUAACGCAUUGUGUGGUAAAUUUAGUGAGUAAAAGGAUUUUUAUUGGUGCCAUACAUGUUAAAGGGUUGAAGAAUAGUGUGGUAGUUGUUGGUCCGGUUGGAAGUUCUGUUUUGAUCCACGAUUGUGAACGAUGUGUGUUUGUUGUUGGCUGUCAUCAGUUUCGAAUACAUACAUCGAAACAAAUGAUUAUUUACCUACAUGUGACUAGUCAUCCUAUUAUCGAAGAUUGCCAUGAUAUUCAAUUCGCACCAUAUACAAUUCCAAUUGAUGGAUUAGACAAGAUGUUUGAAGUAAUAAAAUUAGAUCCAAACUUAAAUCAUUACGACAAAGUGGAUGACUUUAAUUGGCAUCGACAACAAGCAUCACCUAAUUGGAAGUUAUUACCCGAAGAAAAGAUACUUAAAGAAUGGCCUAACAAGUUGCUGGAUGAUGACGAAAUGUCACCUGAUAACAACAACAAUAAUGAGAAUCUGUCUGAGGAGAUUAUUGAUCAUUUACUUGCAGAAAUUUUAAAAUAA